GCGCGGUGCGUUUUUCCCGCCACAGCGAAGCGGGGUCAUAGCGAAAGUCACUCCAAAUAUCCUAGUAUAAAAACACAGAACACCAACCACUCUGCAUCCAGUCAUUCCCGACUCGAACAACACACAAGAGGCACAAUGAAAACAGCGAUCUGUUUAGUUUUCCUGCUGGUAGCAGCAGCUGCUGCCAGUGAGAAGAAGACUACAGAGAAAAAGGCAGAGCCUUUGGACAAGAAGUUGGACAAACGUGGUCUCCUGAACCUCGGCUACGGAUACGGCAUCAGCGGCCUUGAUAUCGGCCACAUCGGCAGCUCUCACGGCAUCGGUGGCGCUUACAACUUCAUCGACGAAGGCGCCAUCGCCCAACACGGCUACGGUAUCCCUCUCGGUGAACACACCGAUGUGACCAGGACCAUCACUCUGGUCAAGGGUGUACCCGUCGCCUACCCGGUCGAUAGACCCGUGCCAUAUCCCGUUGAGAAGCACGUGCCAUACCCCGUCAAGGUCCCCGUCCCCCAGCCGUACGAGGUCGUCAAACACGUGCCAGUUCACGUGAAGGAGUACGUCAAGGUCCCAGUCCACGUCCCCGCUCCGUACCCGGUAGAGAAGAAGGUGCCCUACCCCGUCCACGUGCCCGUCGACAGGCCCUACCCCGUCAAGGUGUUGGUGCCUCAGCCCUACCCCGUCGAGAAGCACAUCCCAUACCCGGUCAAGGUGCCCGUGCCGCAACCCUACCCCGUGGAGAAACACGUGCCAUACCCCGUUGAAGUUAAAGUACCAGUGCCCCAGCCCUACCCAGUCGUGAAGCACGUCGGCGUCCCCGUUAAAGUGCCAGUCGACAGGCCUUACCCCGUGCACGUACCUGCCCCUUACCCCGUAGAGAAGCCCGUGCCAGUAGCUGUUCCCGUUGAGAAGCCCGUCGCCUACCCCGUGCACGUUCCCGUCGACAGGCCUUACCCCGUCCCAGUCGAGAAGCCUUACCCCGUGCCCGUGAAGGUGCCCGUCCCUGAGCCUUACCCAGUGUACAAGCACGUCCCGUACGCGGUCGAGAGGCCCUUCGCCUACCCCGUCAAGGUCCCCGUCGACAGGCCCUAUCCCGUGCACGUUGAGAAGCACAUCCCCAUCGCUGUGGAGAAGCCCUACCCCGUGCCCGUGAAGGUGCCCGUAUACCUCAACAACGAACACUACGACCAUUCCCACAGUCACCUCAACUACGGAGGCUCAUACUACGAGCACUAAGUGCUCAAACUAUAGGUUAAGAUCCAUCUCACCGCCCAGCAUGGCCGGGACAGCAGCAACAAAAAAUUUUUGUAUAUUUAUAACGUCAUAUGGGCGUCGUGUAGCUAGUGAUACAAGGUUACCAUUUCUAAGUUAAGACUGUAAAAUAAGGAAAACAGAAAAUAAAAAAUUGUAAAAAUAA